UCUUCUUUCUCUCCUCAGCAUCGUAAGGUAGCGAUCGGAAACUAUUUUUAUAUUUUUAUAUAAUUUCGUUUCGUAUUUCCUACUCCGCGACUGUUCUUAUUUCAUGUGCAUGCCGGGAAACAAAAUGGCUAUUUAGUGUUGAUACUUAUGAGAGUCAGGCUAUUUCUGCAACUCAUUCAAGAUGCCUGGAGUUAAACCAAGUAAAGAUCUUUAUCUUGCUAAAAACAUUGGUGACCUGAACAAGUUGACUGAACUUCAACCACUACAAUCUAGUGCAGUAUUAGCUGUAAAAUCAGCAGGAAGACUUUUGAAGGAAGCUGAACUCUGUGAAAACACCGGUGAUGAAGAGAAAGCUUAUGUGAUGUAUAUGCGUUUCUUUAACUUGAUAACAUCAAUUAAGAGAACAGCAGACUAUAAAAAAGAUGAGUCAUAUUACAAUAACAUGAUUGGAUCUAAGAACUUGAAAAAAGCUAUAAAACAAGCAGAAUGCUUACAGAAAAGUUUGAAUUAUAGGUAUGACUUCUUGAAGGCGCAGGCAUAUUCUGAGAAGUUAGAUACUUUGAAGAAAGAAGGAGAAGAUGAACAACUGAAAGAAAAAUUAGAUCCUGGAAAAUGUAAUGAUGAUGUUGAAGAAGUGAAAAACCUGCCAGAUAAAAGUGAAGUGACUCCUCGUUAUUCUGAUGAACGGAUUUUUGUUAUGGAGCUGUAUGCCUUACUGCAGGAUAAUUCAACCAAAAUUAUUAUUAUGGAUGUACGUUCUGCAGAAGAUUAUCAAAAAUCUAGGCUAAAAUAUAAUGAAUCUAUUAAUGUUCCUUCAGAAAUUAUACCUUCAGGCACCACAGUUCCAUACAUACAAGAAAACUUACCAAAAGACUCUAGAUCAUUGUGGAGCCAUCGGGGAUCUGUGGACUAUAUUAUUCUGAUGGAUUCUAGCUCUACAAAAGACUGUGUAUUACCAGGCACACCAUUGAAAACUCUUCAAGAUGCUCUUUUUAAAUACGACAGCUCAACGAUACUUGCCAACCAGCCACUUAUCCUUGAAGGGGGCUAUGAACAAUGGAUGUUGCACUACCCUCAGAUGUCUACAAAUCCGAUAGCUUUUGAAAAACCUUCUGUUGAUGUAGGCUGUUCAAGUCCAUCUUUGGAUUUUGAUUAUCCUGAAUUGGAUUUGUUGAAACCGGUUAGUACAACAGCUAAUUUGAACAAUGAUGUCCCGAAUAAUAAUUCUAAAGAAUCAAAAAAUAGCAUUCCAAAGUUGGAUGCUGCUACACCUGUAAUCAAUAGAGCUCUCAAACCAAAGUCUACUCAAGUUGCAUCAAAUGCAGCUGCAAGCUCCAACCAAAUGACCCAUUCUGAUAUUAAAAAUAAUAGCUAUGACAGUCUGAAUAUUAAUGUAACAGAUAACAGAAUGGGCAGAAAAACAGACAAUCAGUCAUUCAGUACAACCAGGAGUCACAAUUUGGGCCUUUCAAAAGUUUUAAGUUCUAUGGAUAAAGAGGAAAUGGCUAAGUUUAACAGAAAACAGCAGGAACUCAUCUCUGAGCAACGUGUUCGCAAAGGUGAUCGAAGCAGUUCUGUUGAGGAAUUAAAAUUGCGAGAAAAAGAAGAGAAGAACAUGGCUUUGCUUUCUCAAAAACAAAAAGUGUCAGAAGAUGAUCAUAAAUCAUUUCCUGUUGAACAGGAUAAGUCGCCAUCUUUGAAGGAUGAAGAAAACAAAAUGGUAACUGUUAGUAUCCCAGAAGACAAGAAUAAAAUAAUUGGCACCAUUGAAGCACUUCCUAAGACUGAUGGUCCUUCCUAUGCCAACCUGGUUUACAACAAACCACUGCCCAGCAAACCUCCAAGCAGUAUUAAAAGUAACAAAGAGAUUCUCGGUGAUUCAAUGAAGAAAGAUAGAUACCAGGUGGAGAAGGCUAAAACUGACCAAAUUCAGAAAGAGAAAAAUAAAGAUGAAUCAGGCUCUCCAGUGUUACUUAAAGCCAAAGUUAAUGGUCAGCAUCUUAAUGAAACCCCUGAAAAACUUUCAAUGGAACAAAAGGCCUUAAAGGAGGCUGAGGAAAAAGUUAAACGAAUGAAAGAAGGUAGUAAAUCAAAAUUAAUUCCAUCACCAACAUUGCCUCUUAACUGGGAGAAACGCCUAGACUCAACUACAAACAGAUUUUACUACAUCCAUCCUCCUUCAGGUAAAAACCAAUGGAACCCUCCACAAAUAAAUUUAGGACAAGGUUCAGAAACUCUAGCAAAAGAAAUGGUUUACAAAGUCAAGUUGAAAGAUGAAUCACCAUUAUCGAAUACUGGCUUAAAACGUUCACACUCAUCCCCAGAUAUUUCACAGCUUAUUGAAAAUGAUGGGAAAAGUAAACCUAAACCUAUUGUUGAUCGAUCCACUAAACCAAAUUUUGGAGGAAACCGUGUAGCUCUUCACAGUAAACCGAACCCCAAUCAGGUGCGAGUCAGGAACUUGAAUCCAGUGUUUGGCAAUGUGUCUCAUGGACUUACAGGUUUGAAGAAUAUUGGUAAUACCUGCUACAUGAACUCAAUAAUACAAUGUUUAAAUAACACAAAUGCUUUACUCAGAUACUUUCUGCAAGACUCAUACCUCGAUCAUGUAAAUAGAAAUAGUGUAUUAGGAGAUUCUGGGGAAGUUGUUGAUGAAUUUGCUGUUAUAGUGAAGGCACUUUGGAGUGGACAGUAUAAAUGUAUUACACCAAGAGAUUUCAAGAAUACUGUAGGGAAAUAUGCACCAAUGUUUGCUGGUUUUGAUCAGCAUGAUUCCCAAGAGUUUCUCACAUUCUUGUUAGACCAAUUACAUGAGGGCUUAAAUUUGGUAACUAAACGUGAACCGGUGCCAGAACAAGAAAAUGAAAACCUUCCAGAGGAUGUUGCAGCAGAUCUUGCAUGGGAGUCAUAUAAAAAAUUGAACAAAUCCAUUAUAGUUAAUUUAUUUCAGGGCCAAUUAAAAUCUACUCUUUGCUGCCUUGCUUGUAAGAAAGUGUCAAUUACAUUUCAAACCUUCCAGUACCUCUCCUUACCAAUUCCUACAACAACUAAAUGUAAACUUCAGGAUUGUUUGGAGUUGUUCUUAAAGGAAGAAGAAAUGACUGGAGAUUCUCGGUGGAAUUGUCCUCAAUGCAAAAGGCAGCGAGAUACAGUGAAGAAAAUGGAUAUUUGGAAAUUACCUCCUGUUUUGCUUAUUGGUUUAAGUCGGUUCUCUCAUGAAGGUGUAUGGAGACAUAAACUGAAUACAUUUGUAGACUUCCCAACAGAAACUUUGGAUAUGAGCAAUUAUGUGUGCAGUAACUCAAAGUCGCUUUACCAAUUAUAUGCAGUUUCGAAUCAUUAUGGAACCAUGAAAGGAGGACAUUGUAAGUAUUUGUUUUUGUCCCCUCUUCCACUCAGUGAUUCUUCAUCCAGUAUAAGAUUGCAAACCAGGGUCAUUUGUAUGAUUAAAUUAGAUUAUUAUUUUUCUUAAUAAAAUGUGAAUCAU